AACCACGUCCUGGACCAAAAGCUGCCACAAACUGAUAGCUAUGUAUGCUAUGUUUAGACAUACAAUCACCUCGCUGCAUAGCUCAUAUGGUGGUCUGAGUCGAUGUGCUUCACAUGCCCCAGCUAUUAAAGGCUCCCAAGUGCUGUACAUGCGCACAGCUGCCACAGUGCCGCUCCGAGCUGCGAGAAAGCUACCUGAGCCAGCCUCACACAAGCGGCGACUAGCAGGCUACACUCUGCUUGCUUCAGCUCUUGGUAUAUCCAUCGUCAUUGCAUUCAAUCAUCAAAAGUCAAGCUCAGGCAUUUGUCACUCCACUUACGUAUGCAGCAACCAUCGCUGAUCACCACUAAUGAGCAGUGGGCAGUCAGAAGAGAUCCAAUUGCAAAAGAGCUGCUUGGCGGACACAUCACCUAUCGAGACUAUUGGCCCUGGGUCGCUGGAGAAAUCAAUCAAAUCAAGGGCAACAUCCAGUUCUCUUACGCUAUCAAAGGUGACAAGCAAGCUGGCAGAGUGCAUUUUCACUGCAUACGACGGACUCGCAAUUCUCAAGACUGGCAAAUACUAGAUUGGCGUCUCGUUGCAGAUGAUGGCACGGAAGUGGCCUUGACGCCUGAUGAAGUAGAACCAGCUGCCGACAAUACCUAAUGGCAUAUUCAAGAAAUACAGUCGUAAAGAAAUCUAUGUUUCGAUGCCGUGCAGGAACGAACAGACACCAUCAAGGAAAAUUCCGUCCGCACCGUGAGCAGCUUGGGUAUCGACAUUUUGACGAAGCUCAUUCGCUGAACCAUGCGUAAUAAGCACAAGACCCGACUCCUUGAUUGUUGUUAUCAGUGCAGGGGCAUGGAGAGCAAUGUCUGCAUCGAUAAUCAUGCCGAGCAAGUUGUUGGUUCGCGAGAAUUUGACUGCCUCUUUGAUAGACGUAGCUUCUUCGCCACGUCUGCUCAAUGACAAGCCAUGCGGACUGAUGUACGUGCCACUCGCGUCUGCGACAGUGGGCGAGGAGAGUCCGGCAUGCGAUGCCAAGAAGACGGGAUCUGUUUGUUAGUCUUAUGCACUCUUGAUAAUGG